GUUCUAUUAUAAAGAAGCUGUUUGCAGUGUUGGUGGUUUGUUUCUAUUUUUAUUCUCUCUCUGAUUUUCUCUGCGAAUUUUCUUGCUCUUUCUUUCUCCUCUUUCCCGGUAACCAAACAGAGAAAUUUGGGACGAGAAUUGAACAAAUAAAUGUUGACGAUCUGCAGGUAGUACAGCGACAGAUAGAUAACUUGGGUACAUUUCCCGGGCGUGAAGGUGCUUUUCACAAGGAUUUUCUACUUGGUGGCAGAUUGUAACUUGUGAAAAUUGGCUUUAUCGCAUUGAGUUUUGGAGAUGUGUGGUGACGGAAUUUAAAUUUUGCAGAUACAUUCUGAAGAGAUUGACGCAGCUAUAGAGGGAAAUCGGUCCAUUUCCUUGCUGUUUAUAGAAUAUAAGGAUCAGCUUCUUGAUAUACAAAGAUCGGAAUCUGACAUGAGAGUCGAGGAUUUAAGCUUUGAAAUGUCAACAAUCUGCUGAAAAUCUGACCUAGAUUCGCUUAUUGGCUUCCUUGACGGCUUAGGAAGGAUUUGCUCUGUUUAUAUGUGUCAAAAUCUGGGUAAUAUACUCAUCUGUUGAGAAAAAUCAGCUUUCCUGGUGUUAUAUUCAGUUGAGAAUCACCGAUUCCGCCACAACUUGAAGUUUCAGGACAGGUGUGCAACCGAAGAUGGAAAAGGACUCUUUGAAAAGCAAUAAUUAUGUUAACACCAAUAAUACCCACAAAACAGGAGGCGAUGAUUUGUUAAGGGCGGUUUCAGAGACAACCAAGCAAACGACGUCGGAUUUUGUCUUGCAGUGGGGUAAUCGGAAGCGCCUCAGGUGCAUGAAGGUUCUGGUAAAGGACGACUCCCACUCCCCUGUCCAUCGAACCACUGUUCGGGUGGACCGCAGGGUCGUGAGAGCCGAUAAAGAGGCUUCUAAUCAGCCAAGUACCACGAAAAAUACUAAUCAAAGCAAUGGAUAUUUGAAUCUCCGGCAGCGUCCUUCGUCGCCAACGCCACCGCAACCGCAACCGCAGCGGGUUCUCAGGAAUUCUGAGAAUUCUAGUGCUAUGCGAGGCCAGGGUAACGGUGGUGUGAGAAGCCUUGCUUCUCCUGAUAAGGGUGCGCACGAUAGGAGAGGCAUAACUACCAACUACAACCACAACCACAGCAGCAACCAUGAUAAUAAUAACAAAUCAGGGGCAUCUUCCGAGACAGCGCAUGAUAGCAAGAAAGGAGGGUCGUCUUCAGGGAGCGGAGAGGCUGCACCACCUGUUUGGCCACCCAAGUUUGUGAUUGCUUUAACUAACAAGGAGAAAGAAGAAGAUUUUAUUGCCUUUAAGGGUUCAAAGCUGCCGCAGAGACCCAAGAAGAGGGCAAAGUUCAUUCAACGCACUCUCAAUCUUGUAAGUCCAGGGGCAUGGCUAUGCGAUCUAACGUUAGAACGGUAUGAAGUAAGGGAAAAGAAAAUCUCCAAGAAGGUAACAGUGAGACCUAGAGGGUUGAAAGCUAUGGGUAAUAUGGAGUCGGACUCGGAGUGAAGGCAAAACCUCUGGCAAGAACAAGAAAGGCGUUUUUGAGGAUGAAUACUGAUGGCAAUGAGGGGGACCAAUAGUCAUAGCAAGCGGUUAAGUUUUUUGUGAGGGGGGAUGCGAUUAAAAUGUUAAUGUUGGUAAGUCUGUAAACAACCAUCUCCUUUCAGCCGCUGUAUGAAUGAACAUAUAUAUAUAUAUAUAUAUUCGUGUA